AUGUCGGUGUCGGUGGCCGCGGGCAACCUGCCCAUGCGGCUGCUCCGCAAGAAGAUCCACAAGCGCAACCUCAAGCUGCGGCAGCGCAACCUCAAGCUGCGGGAGGCCGAGCGGGCGGCGCCUCCGGCGGCCUCGCUGAGCCCCCCGGAGGAGGAACAGGAGGAGGAGGAGGCAGCGGAGGAAGCCCCUGAGGCGGUGACCCCCGAGGCAGAAGCCCCCGAGGCGGCGGCGCCGUGCCCGGAGGGUGCCGGGGCGAAGAGGAAGAAGAAGAAGAAGAAGAGGAAGGCGGCGGCUGCUCUCGAGAACGGUACAGAAACUAAAAAAGCAAAAACCGAGGAGGACAAGUCUGUGGAGGCAGAAGAUGAAGAUGGGAAGGAUUCUGGAGAGAAAGAAGUGGAAGAGGAGGAGGAGGAAGAGGAUGAAGUACCUAGUUUACCUCUAGGUUUAACAGGUGGUUUUGAAGACAAUUCUUUUACAUCCCUUGAUGGUCUUGUCAGUGAGAAUACAUUGAAAGGCAUAAAUGACAUGGGCUUUACGCACAUGACAGAAAUUCAGCAUAAAAGUAUUAAACCUCUUCUGGAAGGCAGGGAUAUUUUAGCAGCCGCAAAAACAGGCAGUGGCAAAACACUUGCAUUUCUCAUUCCUGCAGUAGAGCUCAUCUACAAGUUAAAAUUCAUGCCUAGAAAUGGAACGGGUGUUAUUAUUCUUUCACCUACUCGAGAGCUUGCAAUGCAAACCUAUGGAGUUCUUAAAGAACUUAUGAAUCAUCACGUGCACACCUAUGGUCUGAUAAUGGGGGGCAGUAACAGAUCAGCAGAAGCACAGAAACUUGGGAAUGGAAUCAACAUCAUUGUAGCAACACCAGGAAGACUUCUGGAUCAUAUGCAGAACACACCAGGUUUCAUGUACAAGAAUUUGCAGUGUUUGGUAAUUGAUGAGGCGGAUCGUAUCUUAGAGGUUGGAUUUGAAGAAGAAAUGAAACAGAUCAUAAAACUUCUACCAAAGCGCAGACAGACAAUGCUUUUUUCUGCUACACAAACCAGAAAGGUUGAAGAUCUGGCAAAGAUCUCUCUGAAGAAAGAGCCGCUGUAUGUUGGGGUUGAUGAUAACAAGGAGACAGCAACAGUUGAUGGUCUUGAACAGGGUUAUGUGGUAUGUCCGUCUGAAAAAAGAUUCCUUUUGCUCUUCACAUUCCUUAAGAAGAACCGGAAGAAGAAACUAAUGGUAUUUUUUUCUUCAUGUAUGUCAGUGAAGUACCACUAUGAAUUACUCAACUACAUUGAUCUGCCUGUUAUGGCCAUUCAUGGCAAGCAGAAACAAACAAAACGUACCACGACAUUUUUCCAGUUCUGUAAUGCAGAAUCUGGAAUUCUGCUGUGCACUGAUGUAGCUGCCAGAGGACUGGAUAUUCCUGAAGUGGACUGGAUUGUCCAGUAUGACCCUCCAGAUGAUCCAAAAGAGUAUAUUCAUCGUGUUGGUAGAACGGCCAGAGGUAUAAAUGGUAGAGGACAUGCUCUGCUCAUUUUACGACCGGAAGAACUGGGCUUUCUUCGUUACCUGAAACAAGCCAGGGUACCACUCAGUGAAUUCGAAUUUUCUUGGUCAAAGAUUUCAGAUAUCCAGUCUCAGCUGGAGAAACUGAUUGAGAAGAACUACUUUCUUCACAAGUCAGCCCAGGAAGCAUACAAAGCCUACAUUAGAGCUUAUGACUCCCAUUCUCUGAAGCAGAUAUAUAACGUCAAUAACCUGGAUCUUAACAAAGUCAGCCUUUCAUUUGGUUUUAAAGUCCCUCCAUUUGUUGACCUCAAUGUGAACAGCAGCCAAGGCAGAAGGCUACAGAAAAGAGGCGGAGGUGGAGGAUUUGGUUACCAGAAAUCAAAGAACGUCCACAAAGCUAAAAUCUUCAAGCAUAUUAACAAGAAAUCAGACAAUCGGCAGUUUUCUCGUUAAUCCUGCAUUCAUUAAAAUGGCUUGUUCUGUUGGAAUAGACUACCUUCACCAAAACUCUCUGACAGUUACUUCAAUUUUAAACUGCUUUGUUGGCAUUUUUAGGGAAAUUUGUUUUUGUUUAUAAGAACAUCUUUCAUUGCAGGAGGACUCUUUGGAAAGGAAAAUAAAGACAGGUGGCCUGAUAAUUUUGCCAUGCUUGUAAUUAUUUCAAGUUAAUACUACAGAUUUAUUAAAGAAAACAUAUUUUCAGCUUUUUAUAGAAAAAAAUGCUUAUAUUUAUCCUUUUUACAUGCACACCUGGAAAUUGUUGGAGUAGAUAGAAUGCGGGACAGAUUGCAGUGUGAGAUGACUUCUGUUACAAGAGACUUCAGUAUGCUGAGAAAUGCAGAAGAGUUAAUAGGUCUCUGGAUAAAACUUUUACAAUGUAAAAAAAAAAAAAAAAUUAAAGGAUUUUUGUUCACAAGAAUUACUGCAGUUUUAGUGGUACAGAACUCUUUGUCCAUCAACUAUCCUGGAGACUAUAAGAACAUUUCUUCAGAACAGAACAUGUCCUUUGAAUCAAAUUAAGACUGAGCUUGUAGCUGUUUUAAGUCAUGGUACCCGUAUAACAUAUGGGAUGUCCAGGAUUUAAAAAAAUAAAAAAAUAUAUACAUCAGA